UGAUCCCGCCUAAAAAAAUGAAUUACUCUUUAUCUCUCCUCUACAUUCAUCCAGAAAAUAUCUCUGGAAUCGUAAACCAUUAUCUUCCUUUCUCUCUCAUUCCUUUUACUCUCUCAUUAACAAACCCUUCAUUUGUUAUUCCCACACCUAUCUAUAUUUGUUACUUUUGAUGUCUAUUUUAAGUCAAUUUUUAUCCCAACCUUCAAUCUCUAUUCUGUUCUGCAAUCUUCCCCAAAUUAAAGAUCCAUUUUUUUUUUUUUGAAAAAAAAGUUACCAAAUUUUUUGGAAUUUUGCUUAUAUAUGAAGCAUCAUGGACCAGUCUGUUUAAAAGUGAAAUGCUAAGAUCUGUGUCGAAUAAACUUACUGCUUUUCCCACAUGGAGUCAUGUUGGUUCCACUGCCUCUUCGAACUCGUGGACUACCAUCCUUCCUGCUCUGGCUCGGUUCGGUUCCAUCGGCGUAUUACGAUCUGCAGUUGAAUUGAUCAAUGACGGCGACAAGCCAGAUGCUUCUCCACUUGUUCACUUGCUCCGCGUCUCCGGCGACCAUGGCUACGUUUCUUUGUGUCAGCAGCUUCAUGGCUACGUCAUAAAACAUGGGUUUGUCUCAGAUACGCGUCUUUCCAAUUCCCUGAUGAGGUUUUACAAGACCAGCGACUCCCUGGAAGAUGCUCACAAAGUGUUUGAUGAAAUGCCUGAGCCAGAUGUCAUUUCUUGGAACUCAUUGGUCUCUGGUUAUGUUCAAUCGGGAAGGUUCCAGGAAGGACUCUCUUUGUUUCUCGAGCUCCACAGAUCUGAUGUCUUCCCUAACGAAUUCUCUUUUACAGCCGCUUUAGCUGCUUGUGCAAGACUGCGUCACUUGCUGCUUGGAGCCUCUAUCCAUUCCAAGACUGUGAAGCUUGGCAUAGAGAAAGGCAAUGUCGUAGUGGGUAAUUGUCUAAUUGACAUGUACGGGAAAUGUGGUUCCAUGGAUGAUGCAGUUUUGGUAUUCCAACACAUGGAAGAAAAGGACACUGUUUCUUGGAAUGCCAUUGUUGCUUCCUGCUCAAGGAACUGUAAGCUCGAGCUGGGACUUUGGUUUUUCCACCAAAUGCCAAAUCCAGAUACUGUAACAUACAACGAGCUCAUCGAUGCUUUUGUCAAGUCCGGGGAUUUCAAUAAUGCCUUUCAGGUUCUAUCAGAUAUGCCUACCCCUAAUUCAUCUUCAUGGAACACUAUAUUGACCGGCUAUGUCAACAGUGAUCGAUCAGGAGAAGCUACUGAGUUUUUCAAAAAAAUGCAUUCGUUGGGAGUCAGAUUUGAUGAGUACAGCUUGUCGAUAUUUCUCGCCGCCAUUGCCACCCUAGCUGUGGUUCCAUGGGGAAGCCUUAUCCAUUCUUGUGCUCUCAAGCUCGGUCUAGAUUCUCGAGUUGUUGUCGCAAGUGCUCUUAUAGACAUGUAUUCCAAAUGCGGAAUGUUGAAGCACGCUGAGCUGAUCUUUUGGAAGAUGCCUAGAAAGAAUCUAACUGCAUGGAACGCAAUGAUCUCUGGGUAUGCUCGUAAUGGCGAUUCAACUGAGGCAAUCAAGCUCUUUAACCAAUUAAAACAAGAAAGAUUCAUGAAACCUGAUCGGUUCACAUUCUUGAAUCUCUUAGCUGUUUGUUCUCAUUGUGAAGUGCCAAUGGAAGUCACAGUUGGCUUCUUUGAGAUGAUGGUCAACGAGUAUGGGAUCAAACCCAGCAUAGAGCAUUGUUGUUCUCUUAUAAGAGCUAUGGGGCAGACAGGAGAGGUUUGGCAGGCAAAAAGGGUGAUUCAAGAUUUUGGUUUUGGGUAUGAUAGUGUGGCUUGGAGGGCUUUGCUUGGUGCUUGUAGUGCUCAAAAGGAUCUGAAAGCUGCCAAAACCGUCGCCGCCAAGAUGAUCGAGUUGGGGGAAGCUGGUGAGGAUGAGUAUGUAUACAUAGUUAUGUCGAAUCUCUAUGCUUACCAUGACAGAUGGAGAGAAGUUAGUCAAAUUAGGAAGAUAAUGAGAGAAAAAGGGGUAAAGAAAGAAGUCGGGUCUAGCUGGAUUCAAGAGCAAAAUGUAGUACUACAGAUUUAGAUUUAGAUUGAGCUUUUGGUUAUCUAAAUAUAAUGUCAAGCUAGCUUUGAAUC